AUGUUUUCUGCAAGGAAGAAUUCUCGUGGUCGCUCGUCCAGGAUGGACGUUCGCGCCGUGCGCGCUCAUCGCCAACAGCAAGAAGAUAAAAAGUCGUCCGCUGCUCCAUUUCCCUCAUCUACCGCGAAACCUAAAACUCCAAUCGCCUCGACACCCACCGUCCCGACAACCAACGUGCGUGAAAUCUUGAAGAAGACGUCGGCCGCAAAGGCGACGAAAAGACCCCUGGUCCGUAACGCAGCGGUACAACAAGCCCCUGUACAGAUCAGUAAGAGCGAGCUGAAGAGCAUUAUCGGUGGAACCACUUCUACAGACCCCGCGGGACCCGCUGGCGCAGACGGCCUCCCGGGUCCCCCAGGUCCCGCUGGUCCCGCUGGUCCCGCUGGUCCCGCUGGUCCCGCUGGUCCCGCUGGUCCUGUUGGUCCCGUCGGUCCCGCUGGUGGCACCGGCUCUUCCAAUGGAGCCGGUUCUCAGGGCCCGAAGGGGCCGCCAGGUCCCGCCGGCGCCCAAGGUCUGAAGGGUGCGGUGGGUGCACGCGGCCUCCCUGGGGCCGCUGGACCUGCCGGUGCGACAGGAGCACGUGGCCCUGCUGGAGCCGAGGGGCCCAAAGGACCGAAAGGAAAAGACGGCAUUUCCGUGAAGGGUGUUCCUGGUCCAGCCGGUCCUCUUGGCGUCAAAGGUAUCCAGGGGCCAGUUGGUCCCAGGGGACUCGCUGGACCCGCUGGCGUCGAUGGCAAGACGGGUCCGAAGGGUGCCAAGGGUGCAGACGGCUCGACUGGUCCCGCUGGUCCCGCUGGUCCCGCUGGUCCCGCUGGUCCCGCUGGUCCCGCUAGUUCUAGUUUGGACCUUUCGUCGUUUGGAGUGACGUCCGUCUCCUACAUUGGUGCAGGAAAGUGGUCUGUGCAAACUGAAGACGGGAAAUUCAUCGCGUCGUUCAAGAAAGAUAACUCCAAGAAAUGA